AUGGAGUCGGUACUUAGACGAGCGGGAUCUGGAGGCGUGUUUAUGCAGAGCCUCGUGCUUUUGGUUGCCAUGUCAACCAUGGGUCGUGGGUUCGUUGAAACUGAAGAGUUUAUCAGUGAUUUGGAUAUGCCUAUACCCACAGCGCACGUUGCUGGAGUGGUGGGUAAGAAAGCAUCAUUACCAUGUGACACACAACCCCUUUCCGCCGACGAUAGAGUCGCCAUGGUGUUAUGGUUUAAAGAAGCAGACUGGGAACCUCUAUACAGCUAUGACGUGCGCGGGCGCACACCUAACCAGCCCAAACUAUGGUCUUCACCUACUGGGUUUGGAUCACGAGCAUACUUUCGAGCCACAGCGGCACCUGCCACCCUUCUCGUUGACAAUGUUGGUACAGCAGACACCGGUGUGUACAGAUGUAGAGUCGACUUCAAGAACUCUCCUACGAGAAAUUUACGAAUUAAUUUCACUGUUAUAACACCUCCUAACAGACCGGCGAUAAUGGACGCCAAGACACGAGAUCAUACCAGGUUACUGGAACCAUAUGAUGAAGGGAACACCCUAGAGCUGCUUUGUGAAGUUUACGGGGGAGAUCCACGACCCAGCCUCAUUUGGUAUCUUGAGAAUACCAUUAUCGACGAUUCCUACGAGCAAAGAAAUGACGGUAUCACCAUCAACGCUCUCACGUUUCCAAGCAUCGGACGACAGCAUCUGAACGCCAGGCUCAUUUGUCAAGCAUCUAAUACAAAAUUGGCCCCCCCGCAAACUAAACUACUUAUAUUAGAUAUAAAUCUAAGGCCACUAACUGUCCAGAUUUUGAACAAAAAUAGGCAGUUCUCAGCAGACAGGAGUUAUGAGGUGGAAUGUAAGACUACAGGGUCUAGACCUGAAGCUCAAGUCACUUGGUGGAAAGGACUAAAACCUUUAAGGAAGAAAGCUAGAAAUUAUUCAGAUACAAAUUCAACUACCAGUAUCUUGACGUUUGUGCCCGAAGCUGAAGAUCAUGACGGCGAGCUGAUCUGCCGCGCUGAGAACCCUCGGGUUGCAAAUUCUGUUAUAGAAGACAGCAUGAGGUUAAAUGUACAUUAUGUACCGAUUGCAACGUUGAAAAUGGGUUCAAAUUUGAACCCCAAUCACAUAAAGGAAGGGGAUGACGUCUACUUCGAAUGCAACGUGCAAGCCAACCCAAAAGCGAACAGACUAGCCUGGUAUAAAGACGCAAAGGAAAUACAACAUAAUGCAAGUUCCGGCAUCAUUCUAAGUGAUCAGAGUCUAGUUCUUCAGAGUGUGAAUAGAAACGCGUCCGGAGACUACAGUUGUCUCGCUCACAAUGUCGAAGGCAGCGCCUCAAGCAAUGCUGUAUCAUUACAAGUUCGAUACAUACCGUUAUGCAAGGCGACGGAAGACGGCCAAGUGUACGGCGCGUUGAAGCAAGAGUCUAUAGAAUUAUCUUGCACAGUCGACUCCAACCCGCAGCCGUCUAACUUUGAAUGGGUGUUCAAUAGAUCUGGUGAUCAAAGUGAAUUGCCGCCUAGCUUAUACAGAAGUACGGGACAUACAUCAGUGCUGAAGUACACGCCGACACAAGAUAAGGAUUUUGGUACAAUAUUAUGUUUAGCGACCAACACUGUCGGCAAGCAAGCGACUCCUUGCUCGUAUAACAUAGUAGCUGCAGGUCGCCCUACAGCUCUACAAAAUUGUACAGUCAUGAACCAAAGUGGGGAAGGUAAUAGCCUGCAAGUGGACUGUAUGGAAGGCUUCGAUGGAGGACUGCCGCAAAUUUUCUUUUUAGAAGUACUUGAAUUGCCUUCAGUUACUGUCCGAGCAAACAUAACUUCCAACUUUACGCCGACAUUCGACGUGCUAGGGUUGGACAGAGGAUUGAGUUAUAUCCUUAAUCUGUAUGCAGCGAAUGCUAAGGGUAGGAGUGAAGUGGUAACCCUAUAUACGAUAGCUGUCCGAUCUCCGGAUAAAUAUACAGGUCCAGGCAGCCCCUUCACAUUAUCACCUAUGUUGGCGUCACUGCUCGCUAUGGUAGUACUCCUCAGCGCUGCAGUGUGCGCCAUCAUCGUCGCUGUGUACCGAAGACAUUUCGUACGACAACCUGUGAAACAGCCGCCUUCUACAAAUGCUCUGUAUACGGAAGAUAGUGUGGAUUCAUUUCCCAAAAGAGACAAUCUCUCAUCCUACACAGCAUCCCCCAAAGUUGACUACAGCAGUCAGUACGAACUGAAGAUGGAAGCAGAGGAAGAUGAUCCGGAUAUCAUACCCGUACAAUUUGAUAAAAAACCAAUAGAUGAGUAUAGCAAGCCCAAAUUAGGUUUGGAAGGCGAUGCUACUAGGAUGUAUAGUGACCAAUCUGUAAUCUUGCCGAACAGCGGCAGUAUUUCUUUCGUCAAUCGAGGCGUAACGGCGCGAAGUGUGGACAUAUCGGCCUCAAGGCUAGAAGUGGUCACCGCUUCGCGUAAAGUGAGAGAGUCCUGCAUA